AUGAAAUCUACUAAUCUUUCUCGACGAAUCUCCGCUAUCUUACGCUUCUGCCAGCUUUGGCAUCUAUUACGCGCUAAGCCCGACUCAAACCAUUUGUCGAGCCUGGUCUCGGACCCCAAAAAAGACACUCGAUCUUCCUCCAUAUACUUACCUAAAGCUGUUGAUUCUAAUUCAACUCUGAAUCCAUCUACCGACCUCCUCUACCGCAUAGACACGACUUUCCUUGUUGGCGUCAAGAGGCUAUUGUGGCCUCCUGGAAUAUCAGAAGGGAAUCGGCACUUUGUUGGGGCCGAUAAUUCUGAACCAGCUGCCUCAGCCUGGCGUUAUUCGGCUGUCCAGAUGAACGCUGACUGGCGAAAAGAGGUACAACUCACCAGCAGUUUUCAACUUUCUUGCAGCCGUCUAGUCUUUAAUAGGUAA